AUGUUUGAUCCAGUCGAUAUACUAUUCGAGGAGCUGUAUGCUGGUGUUAAAGAGCUGAUAAAAAAGAAUACCAUAUUCGAUCCCACACUCAAAGCCAUCAAAACCAAGCUAGACUCUCUAAAACCAGUGAUCCUAAAGAUGGCAGAAUGCAACGAGGCACUGGAUAUCCCAAAGGAGGAACUAGAAGGUCUAGAAGAAGUAAUGAAGGAUGGCAAGGAGCUUGUUCUCAAGUGCUCAAAGAUCCACUCUGAGCAACAGGAUGUCAAGACAAUCGCAGUUGCUGUGGGACAUAUAGAGGCUGAAGUAGGGAGUAUAAAGGCGGUGAUCAACGAAAUGAAAGAGAAUUUUGUGAUACAGAAUCACUCUGCAGGGGUACCUAAAGCUUGGUGUGCAUUACCUGAACUUCCAGAGUUUCUUGUUGGAUUGGAUGAGGCUUUGAGUGGACUGAAGAUGAAGCUUCUGAAGGAUGGGGUGUCAAGGCUGGUGCUGUCUGCUCCUGGAGGAUGUGGGAAGACUACUUUAGCAACCAAAUUCUGUCAAGAUAAGCAAGUCAAAGAUAAAUUCAAGGAAAAAAUCUUCUUUAUUACCAUCUCAAAAAGACCAAACUUGGACCUUGUUGUUCAAGAACUGCGUCAAUCAAGUAUGGGUUCCAAGGUUCCCACUUUUGAAAGUGAAGUAAUUGCGGUUAGGUGGCUGCAAGAGUUUCUGAAGGAAACAGGAGAGAAUCCUUUGUUGUUGGUCCUCGAUGAUGUUUGGCCUGGAUCAGAAUCUCUCCUACAGAAGUUUGAUGAAUUGAAAAUGGCAAAUUACAAAAUUUUGGUGACAUCAAGAUAUGAGUUCCCAGGAUUCGGUUCACCACAUAUACUAAAACCACUGAAUUAUGUAGAUGCAAUGGCCCUUUUCCACGAUUCAGCUUCCUUAGGAGAUAAGAGCUCUCAUGUUCCAAAAGAUCUUCCAAGAAAGAUAGUAGAGUGUUGUAAAGGAUUUCCACUUGCCAUUACAGUGGUUGGAAGAUCACUUUGUGAGAAACCUACAGAGUUCUGGCUUAAAAGAGUAAGGGCACUGUCUAAAGGUGCUUCUGUUCUUGAUUCUUCAACUGACCUGCUCAUAUGCCUUCAAAGUAGCUUACAUGCUUUGGAUGAAGAAGAUACCAUCCUGAAGGAUUGUUUCUUGGACCUGGGCUCAUUUCCUGAAGGCAAGAGGAUCCCUGCUUCUGCUCUAAUUGAUAUAUGGGCAGAGUUAUAUGAGUUAAAUGAAGAUUUCCUGUCCAUUUCAAAUCUCCAAGAGCUUGCCACUCGAAGUCUAGUUGAUCUUAUAGUUACAAGGAAGGAGAGGAUGGAGGUGGAUGGGUACUACAGUGAACACUUUGUCGCCCAGCAUGAUUUGCUUAGACAGCUAGCCAUCUAUGAAACGAAACUAGAUCCAAACAAAAGAAGAUUGAUUAUAGACAAAUGGGGAGACAAUCUACCCAAGUGCUUGACUAAACAGAGGCAUCAACCCAUCAAGACCCGACUAUUAUCAAUCUCCUCUGAUGGAGUGUUCUCAACAACUUUGAGCAACAUUCAACUAUCAGAGGUUGAGGUUCUAGUUUUAAACUUCAGCACAGACAUCUAUGCUUUACCUGAAUUUGUGGCGAAAAUGGAAAACUUGAAGGUUCUAAUAGUCACAAAUCAUGGUUCCUUACCAGCCAAAUUGAGUAAUUUUCAACUACUGGAUUCUUUACCAAAUCUGAAGAGAAUCAGACUGGAGCGAAUUUCAAUUCCUUCCAUAGCCAAGAAGCCUGUAAACGUGAAGAGUCUAAAGAAGAUAUCCUUAUUCAUGUGUAGAAUUGGUCAAGUUUUCAGCAACUCCUCCUUCCAAAUUUCGUAUGCAUUUCCAAAUCUAGAGGAAUUGAACAUUGACUAUUGCAGUGACUUGGUGGAAUUGCCUGUUGAUCUCUGUGAUCUGAUGGAGCUAAGGAAGCUCAGUAUCACCCACUGUCAUAACCUAUCUGCCUUGCCUGAUGAGAUUGGGAAGCUGAUCAACUUGGAAGUCUUGAGGCUAAACAUUAAGGAGUUGCCUGACAACAUUGGUGAAAUAAGCACUUUAGAAAAGAUCAAUAUGAGACAGUGCUCUAGAGUGCAAGAUCUACCUCUAUCAGUUAUGGAUCUUAAGAAACUGAAGGAGGUGAUAUGUGAUGAGGAGAAAGAAGAAUCAUGGGCACUUUUCGGGCUGGACAUACAAAUAAGGGUACUUUAA